ACUACGACCACGACUGCGACGGCGUGUUUGCUGGACUACGUGGACCUCAUCGCCAGCGUUUUCUUUACCAUACGAUGUGAGGAACAUGCUUUAUAUUGUGUUGUGUGCUUAGUCUUUUCGAGCUAACGAAAUGUCCACGCGAAAGCGUGAGAAGCGCGAUAGCACGUGUUUCGUACCGGGCUGUAACAGCGGAUACCGCUCGUGCAAGACGAAGUUCUCCCUUUUUCGUGCACCGAAAGAGCCAGAGAGAUUGCAGCAAUGGGCGCGAAACAUAAAGCGUGGUGACAAGACGCUGGACGACGCGUGUGUUGUUUGCGAGAGGCAUUUUGAACCUUCGUUCAUCGAGCGCACCUUCAAAAUAGUCAUCCAAGGCAAGGUGGAAGAGAUUCCGAGGGACGUACCUCUCCUUGUCAAGGAGGCUGUGCCGACUAUUUUUCCGGACGCUCCGAAGUACCUGUCCAAGCCUUUGCCUCAGAAGAGAAAAGAGCGCAACUUAUGCGAGCAGGCUCCUCGGCCUCGACCACCACCAGCAAAAAGGCAGCAUCGUGAUGCUGAUGCGGUUGCGUGUGAUCAUGUGGAGCUAGGAGAACGACAAGCCAGUAGCUCCAUGUUUUUAGAAUGUGCUGAGCUUCAAGUUGCACCUCCUUGGACCAAAGUUCACUUUCGUGAUGCAAGAGACAGCAUGACGUUUGCUGAGUGCCACAACAGCGACGAUGGAUCGUUGGACACUAUUCAUGUGGGUCGGCGUGUGGUGCUGGACUUUAGUGGCGCUGAAGAUGGUCCAGCAAGAGCAUUUGUUUAUAUCCGCGGGAAAAAGUUCCAGGAACAAAAGGUGCAGUCAGUCAUAGAAGUUCAAGAACUACUGAAAAAUGUCGCAAAUUACAAUUUGUGCCCGGGGAGUGGACUGAAGCCGCAGAGCAAAUCAUUUGCUACUUUUAAUGGACAUUAUUUUGCUGCAAACUGUGCUGUUCUUUCUGACUCAAUGUGCAUAGCUUGUAAAUAUCUGCGAAAAUUGACUCAAAACACGAUGUCCCGCAGGAAAAAGAAAGCAAGUUCGACUUCCGCUAGAAAAAUGCUUGCUUCUAAGACUCGUGCUGUGUGGCUGAUGAAGAAAAAGACGGCAAAGCUGCAAAAAGAAGUGGAGCAAAUGAAAACAGACAUACAACAACUGUCAACGACAGAGUUCGAGAAGAGAAUCAGGGGCCUUCCCUGUAAACAACAGCUUGCUGUUCGAACUUGCUUUGAAGCUGCAAAGCGAAAGUCCACAAAAGGAAUGCAGUAUACUGAUGAAUGGUUGAUAGAAUGCAUCUUAAUGCGAAUGAGAAGUCCAAGGCUCUAUGAACACAUAAGACGACACAACAUACUCACUCUGCCCGGGCGGACAUGCCUGCAAAAACGCAUAAUGAACUUCAGGACUGGAUUUGGGUUCAACCCGAACAUCUUCAGCGCCCUCGCUGAGAAGACAAAACACAUGGAUAGUUUCUCUUGUCGUGGAGGCAUUGUGUUUGAUGAAAUGAAGCUGUCUGAUCAUCUGGAUGUGAAAUCAAAUGGUGAGCUGGAGGGCUUUGUUGACUUGGCACAAUUCACAUCUGAAUCUCAGAAGGAGCAGUUGUCUGAUCACGGCAUGGUGGUGUUGUUUCAGCCUUUUCAGGGGAAGUGGACUCAAGUGCUCGGAGUCUUUGCAUCGCGAAGCAACGUCAAAGCCGAUACAUUGGCGAAAAUCAUCGUGGAAGCCACCAUCCUCUGCGAAAAAGCUGGCCUACUUGUUGACUACGUUACCUGCGAUGGAGCCAGCUGGAACAGAUCAAUGUGGAAGCUCUUUGGCAUAAGAGGUAACAUCUGAACUAAAUUACAAAUUUGUUCUGGUAAUAUACAACAUUUUCUUCUAUUUUGUGUGCAUUUACUCACAGGUGCAGCUGCAAGCACGCGAUGCAAGGCUCCACAUCCAGUUGACGCAACUCGUCAUUUGCACUUCAUGUCAGACUUCCCCCAUCUUGUCAAGAAUGUCAGAAACGCAUUUGUGUCAAAAGGGUUCAACACCCCUGAAGGACGUGUGCAUGUAGGCCCCAUUGAGGAAGCCUGGAAAAUGGACAGCAAGAGUGUUUCACUUAAAGUGAUGCCAAAGAUAACCAGCAGUCACAUUCGUCCCAACUCUUUUGAAAAAAUGAGGGUUGCCCCUGCCUUUCAGAUAUUUGGUGAUGAGGUAAUCAAGGGUCUCUUUCUGUAUCGCUCUCAUUUGGAAAGAACUUAUAAUUUUGUGGAGCCAACUGAGAUUUUUGUAAAAAAAAUGAACAAACUGAUAAGAAUAAUGACUGCUCGAAUGCCAAAAGCAGGUUUGUCCAUGCUAUCACCAAACUACGUGUUCCUGAAGGAGUUUCUGGAAUACCUGACAAAAUGGGAAGAGCACGCAAAGACCACAGUUGGUGGCUUCAUGAGUGCAACUACUGCGGAGGGUCUCAGAGUGACCAUUGAAAGCACAUUGAACUUAGUUUCGUACCUUAAGAACAUCGGUUUCAAGUACGUACUCACAGCAAAUUUGAGUCAGGACAGAAUUGAGAAUCUGUUUGGGAUUGUGAGGCAGUCUGCGGGAACCAAUGACCAUCCAACUGCAGCACAAUAUUUAGUGAUAGUUAGUUCACUGGCGUUUUAUAACAUCGCAAAACCACCUAAAUCAGGAAAUUGUGCCCCAGAAGUGAUCAGUGCUCUGGCUUCACUUCCUGAGGUACAAACGGAAAGCAAGAUUGCUGUACUAGAUAAUCUGAUUGAUGGAGGAAUGUUUGGCGAUGCUGAAAAUGCACUGCAAGGUUGCGCUUUGCGCAAUAUCAGUUUGUCAGACCAUGCGUCUUCUGUGACGGCAAAAAGCCAUGAAAUGCUUAUUUAUUAUGUGGCAGGGUACACAGUUAGAAAGAUCCUGAGGAAGACUUCCUGUAAUGAGUGCACAUUGCUGCUCACUGCGGAAAAGCGCGAUGCUGUGGAAAAUGAUGAUGCUUCUGAAUUCACGUCAAAUUUUGACAAUGGAGGUUUAAUGUACCCUUCGGGCCCUCUUAAGGAUAUUAUAACUGUCCUUGAGAACAGCUUCACGACUUUUUUCAGCAUAAAUAAGCUACAUGAGCAAAGCAUUCUUGAUGCCGAUUUCGUUACGCGGGUACAGUUGCCUGCACUAACCUGCACAGAGCAUGCACAGCAAAUUACUUGCCAAAUAGUGAAAUUUUACAUUCUUCUACGGCUGCGCUUUUUUGUGAAGGCCUUGAACAAUGAGAGAACAGCAAAAAAAGAGCAGCUGAAGCAUUUGAAAAUGAGAAGGUGUAAAUAA